AUGGACGAUAUCCGCUUCCCAGCCUGGGUGCACCGUGCACCGGUCUUUAUAAUGACGCGAGUGCUGGGAAAACACCUGCGGCAGCAAAUAUUGACCUCGACGACAGCAACAACAACAACAACAACAACACCAUACUACCACAAUGAAAGUGAUGUCCAACCCACACCUUCGAUAUUUAAUCCCAGGUAUGUUGAUCCAUUAAGUUCCAUUGAUGAAGAUGAACAUUCCUCCGCCAUGGUUCUCAGUGCUAAUAGGAGAAUGCCCCACGGUGGGGUUGGACCGCAUUCUACACAGGAUGUAGAAUUAGAAUCUUCCUCAUCGCAAUUACCUUCUGGUGAUGUCCUGAAUCAUCCGCGAGUUGUGUUGUUAAUAAGUUUAUCACAAGUAAAUGAACUCAUGACGGAAAAGGUUGGAGUUUCUGUGAAAAAUGCUCCUGCUUUAAUAGCUCUAAUGGCCCUUGCGGUUGAAUUACGUUCAUUACCAUCAGAUUUCACCAAAGGAUUUUAUACAGAGUGUGCAUCCUUUUACACAUCUGUGAUGCAGCGCCUUAAGAGUAUGAUAUUUUUACCAGGUGUUGAUGUGCAGGGAUUUGUGGCAUCACUCGUUUCUUGUGGUUUACUGUUGCGAUGUGUUGAGGAGGAAGAAGAUGAAGAAGACGGAGAAGAAAAAGAAAACGGAAAUGAAAAUGAUAUUCAUGGUGUUAACAAUCAUGAGAACACUAGUCGUCGUCGUCGUCGUUGUCAUUAUCAUAAUAAUGAUAAUAAUGAUAAUAAUAAUAAUAAUCAUCAUCAUCAUCACUAUAAUGGUAGAGAGAAAAAUAUUGGAUUAGCGGGUUUUGACAGUCGAAUCAUUGAUUCUAUUAUUCUUUCUUGUAUUCCUUCUGAAUUUGAUGAUUGUGUAGGUAAUCCUAUUGCGUUGGGUGCAAUAGAGGGACUUGCAUAUGCGAGGAAGAAAAAACCGGUUCAUUUAAGUUUACAACUUAUUGAUCAAUUACACAAUCUCACAGAUGCUUUCACCGUGUCACCAAGGCGAAAAGAAUUACUCUAUAAACAAUUACUUUGUUACCUUAUGGAGGCUAUGUGUAGAGCCAAAUGUAUUGACUACGCUCGAAUGCAUAAUUGGUUAUCCGCAACACUUCAAGGGGAAUAUUUACUAAAAGGUCUUUUACAGAAGGAAAAUUUGCAUGCACGUUUGGUGGCUGCAACUCUGACACUCUUAUCAAGAUGGAUUCAAGACACUGUAUCUAUAUAUACCUUUGAUACACCAUCUCAUGUUGGUAAUAAUAAUAAUAAUAAUAAUAAUAAUAAUAAUAAUAUAGAAGAGAUACCUAGUUUUGACACUAAAGAAGAAAUUCAAGAGGCGGAUACACUUUUAGAAGGUGUUUGGAAUUCCCUUCAUGAGGCAAUAGAUACUUGGGAAAAAUUAAACAAAACGAAUGUUACAUUAUAUGGAGAUAAUGUACAUAUUGUGGUGGAGAAUUUAUUACGGGUGGAGUUAGAACGUGUUCAGUGUUAUCGGGUAAUGAGUGAUAAACAACGGGUAAUGGAUGUAUCGGAAUGGAAGGAUGAUCCUGAAAAUACAAAAGACAUACCAUCUAAAGAGGAAGAAGAUCUUAUAUUAGGAGUUAUAAAAAAUAUUAUAAAGUUUCUUCUUCUUCCAGGAAGUGUAUUAGGUGCUAUUAGAUCCGGAACUGUAACAACACCACUUCAACGAAGUAUUGCCGAACAAUGUGUAAAGGUGGUAACUCUUAUAGUUUCAACAGAAGGUGAUAUCCCGUUAGUAGGACGGAGUUCACUCACUUCUUCUUCUUUUUUCCAUAACGGGAAAAGAUGUUUUUCUAAUAACUUUUAUAAUGUUAUGGAAAGUAUGGUACAUGAACUUAUUCUAUGUGUAUUAGAAACAGGAUCUGUUCAGGAGUCGUCACCUUCUUCUUCUUCCUCCUCCUCAGGCACGACAAGAGAAGAGAAUACGCGUCGUUUAGCCGCAUUAUGUUUACAAGGUCUCUGUGCCACGAAUGCUCAAAUCCGUUCUUUUGCCGUGACGGAAGUAUUAGAUGCGGUGGUGCGAUUUCCAGCAGUUAAACAACAACAACAACAACAACAACAACAACAGGGUAUAGAGAUUGGACGCAAUACAAUGACAGCGGGAAUAGGGAAAUCAGCGAACGCUGCAGUUGUUGUGCCUCGUUUAUCUGUAUGUUUUGAUAUGAUGAACCGUAUAUUAGUUUCACCGCAUCGUUCUAUUUUACAUCCACUCCCGCAUGAAGGACUCUUACGAUUUGCAAAACUCUUAUGUGAUACCUUUGAGGAUACCCUGCGAUUGCAUGUUCACUCUGGUGAUCUCAACAAUCCAACCAGUGUGUUUCCCAGUUCUACUCUGUUCGUAGUGUCGGAGUCGUUUUGGAAAUUAGUUUGUCGAUGUCAUGAACGUAUUCGAGUAAUGACACGUGAAGGUCUUCGUCUAGAGGCUUGUGGUCGUGAGGCGGCAAAGAAAAGAUUACUGUAUGCAUUAAAUGAAGAGAGUAAAAUUCUUCGUUUACUCUUACGGGUUAUGUUAAGUUGUAUGAUUAAUGUAGCUUGGCCAGGAUCUGGUAUUCUCUAUACUCCAAUUGCAAAUCAUCAUAAUACCGGUAAAGAAGAAAAAAAUCAUUAUUCUAAUAUGAAUGUGAUUAAAGUUGCACUUGAAGUGUUAUCUUUAUUUCUUCGUCCUUUAUGUUUAUUAUGUCAACUCUCCACUUUAUUUCCCGUUACAGAUAUAUCUAGACUCUUAUAUCAUCAUGAAAAUGCCACAGAACUUACACGUGUAGAUGGUUAUGAUUCUCUUCUACAUUAUUAUUGUUUUCAACCAAAUAAUGUUAAUUCUCCAUUUUAUGAAGAUAAUGGGAUGGCUCAAUUCCGUUCAUGUUGGCUUAUGCUCUCAUUCUAUUAUUUUACAAAUGAAGCGGCGUUGCUAACAGAUACUAGUGAAACAACAACAGCAACAGGAGGAGGAGGAGGAGGAGGAGGAGGGUCAACGUUAUUAUUAUCAUCCUCCUCCUCCUCCUCCUCCUCCUCAUCAUCCUCAUCAUCCUCAUCAUCGUUAGUAAUGGGACAAGAAAAACAAACAAAAUCUUCUCAAUUUAAAGUACCGGAUUGGUACUCUCGAAAAAAGAUUAUACUUACAAGGGAUCAGGCAAAAUGUAUGAAAUUACUUGCGGCUUCAAUGCCCCCAUUAUUGUAUAUGCGAUCUUCUGAUUAUCAACAAACAAUGGCAGAUAUUGAGGUACUAAAACGAGAAUUAUCGGAUGAUUGUAGUCUUGUUGAUUAUAAAAAAUAUCGUAAAGAAAUGUUACGAUUUAUUCGUCAUUAUUGUCCAGAAUUAAGAAAACAUGGUGGAAUUCGAUUAUCUUUUUCAGAAGUUUAUUUAGUAAAUGCCCUUCUUACAUUAGAGGUUCUAAGAGCCUCCUGUGGUUCUAUUUCUACUAUUACCCAAUAUCAACAUUAUGAGGUUCGAGAAUUUGAUGCUAGUAAAGAUGUUAGAGAUAGUGUACGAUAUGUAACGUUAUCUGUUACUAUGCGGUAUAUUGCUACUUUAAAAAAUAUGUUACCAAAUAUUGCGGCUAGAAGAAUAGAUGAGGAUGCCAGACAACUAGUUUUAUUAUAUGGAUUUGCCAUUGAUUCCGUAGGCCGCUCAGCAAAAGAAAUUCUUACCAAAAUCAUUGAAACCUUUCCAGAUUAUGCCACCAAUAGUACCGCCCUCCCACUCUUCUGGACAGUUAUCAAUUUAAUCGAUAUGGGAAGUGCAGGGGAGGUGGAACGUUUCUGUGCCCAUUUACGUUUUCCCGAAACCCCUGCGGUGGCCACAGAUCCAGAGUCUUUUGAAAGACGAAAACAAUUACAAGAUGCCGUGGCAUUUGCACAGUAUUGGAUAGAAGUGGCUAGAAAGAAUUCUCCUUUAGCCUUAUUAGAACAUGCCACUUUAUUUAUUAUGAAGGAGGAAACAUCAUCAUCGGAAGUGUUUGGUGGUUCUGGUGCGGGAUCACGAUUGGCCAUUCAGGCGUACAGUGUGGAUGCCGCUUCCACACAUUGGGGUCAGAAAUAUGCACAAAGUCUUAUUAAGCGAAGUAAAGCACAGGGACAAGUAACCGCUAUUAUUCAAUUAGCCCCAUUUGGAAGUGUAGAUAAGAUUUUUCUUAAAAGACUCUAUACAAUGGUAAAGGAAGGUCUUGAAACAGCACAGGUAGCGGAAAGAUUACAUGAACAAUUUUUUGUAUCUUUACUAGGUACAGUUCGAGUUGAAGAUGAUGCCAAUAAUAAUAAUAAUAAUAAUAAUAAUAAUAAUAAUAAUAAACAUCAGGGAAAUACAUUUGGAGUUGUAACUCAAUCCACUGUAAAGAAAAUGCAUGAAGCGGAUACACUUCUUUGUACAGUUGCUGCAUUUCUCAUGUCAGCCAAAAUUUCCCCUUCAUCCCAUAUGGAACUAUUACGAUAUCAUGUACAAGGACCUAUUCAUUUAUUUACAAGUUCUUAUAUAAGUGCUGCUAUCAGGUGUUGGAAAUGGUUUUUAUUUGAGAAGCGAGAACGUUUUGCAGUUCCAUUAUUAGCUCAAGUAAUAGAAGGAUUUUUUUGGACUAUUUCACAAAGAAUUGGACUUUUUGAUGGUUCUAGACCUUCACAAACGGAUGAAGUGGAAACUGGAGAGAAAACAGGGUCUAUGAAGAGAAGUACAAGUAUUUAUCUACAUGACUAUAAUGUGAAUUCACCACAUAAACUAUUAAUUGAAUUUAUUUCUACAUGUUAUGUGGAUUAUAGAGGACCAGUUUCCUUUUAUCCAUCGGUUCUUCUACUUUUACAUCAUUUCGCUUUACGAAUUGUGGAAUCUCCCUCACGAUUUUCUACAAAAGAUUCAUCUUUUUCAGAAACUAUUCGUUGUGCCUUAAUGAUAAGUUCUAUUUGUCGAAAUUUACAAGUUGCGAAUGAACGUCGUUUAUCUAUGGGUUCAUCUAUUCUUGUGGCUUUUACUUCUAUUGGAGUACUUCGUCAAGGUUGGUAUAAAUGUUUACUACAAUGGUUUCGCAAAACUCCACCAUCAUGGUACUUUACACGAGAUCCUACAGCGGCAGAAGAAGAAUUAGUGGCAUUACAAAAACUUAUACGUGUAUUAGAUGCCGAUCGUGAAAAACUUUCAAAUUGUGUAGAUGGAUUUAUAGAUUUUGCAUUACCAACAAGUUCAUCGCAUCAUAUGGUUAAUCUUACUCUAGUAGGGAGUAAAGUUCAUCACACAACUCUUGAUGGGGUAAAUAAGGUAAAUGGUGAAUCUAAUAAACUUCUUAAAGAAGUAGAAAUGGAUGAACAAGAACGAAUUUUAAAUCUUAUUAGUUUACUUAGACUUUUAGUAGUUCAUGAAAGUAGAAGACUUAUGGUAUGGCUUAAACCACGAGAAGCUCAUAAAAUUCCAAAUGAUAUUGAUUGUAAUAUUAUUACUAAUAUUAAUACUAAUACUAAUAAUAAUAAUAAUAGUAAUAAUAAUGUUAAUAAUAAUAUUAAUAAUGAAAUAUCAGAAGCAUCAUGGAAAGUUUAUUGUGAAGCAGCUGCACGUAAUGAUCCUGGAGUACUUUUGGCUUUGGUAGUACGAUUCCCAAAUGUUUACGUUAUGGAAUUUGCUUCUAAAUUAGUUGCAGAAAAUCCUCAAAGGUAUUCUCAUAUUCCUGAAGCAGUAGAUUUAUAUCUUACGGAUGAAGUACUUAUGAAUGGUUAUCCUGAUCUUUAUUUAUUUACAAAUUGUGGUAUCAUUCAAGCACUUCGUUUCUUAGAUAAACGUUAUACAACACGUUAUCCACAAGUUUCUGCAUAUGCUCUUCGUAGUCUUUUAUCUCAGAAAAGUGAAAAUCUUAUUUUUUACUUACCACAAAUUUUACAAGUUCUUUCUGCUGAUGAAAGUGGUGGUAUUGCUUCUUUUCUUUGUAAAAUGAGUGAAAAAAGUGAAAUGUUUACCCAUCAAUUACUUUGGUCAUUACAAACUGAAGGUGAGGGUGAGGGUGAAUUGGCAAAAAAAUGUUUACAAUUAGCUAAUGAAAUACGACAACGAUUUAAUGGUGUAAGUCGUAGAUUUCAUGAUGAUGAAUUUUCUUUUAUUGAUAAACUUAUCGCAUUAUCAGGAGAAAUGAAACCCAUUGAAAAGGCACAAAGGAAAGAAAAACUUCGACUUCGUUUACGAGAUAAAGAGUAUCAUGAACCUAUAGGACGUUCACAUUUGUAUCUUCCUACAGAUGUAAAUUGGCGUAUGGUGGAUCUUAUACCUGAAACAGCUGGAGCUAUGCAGAGUGCGGCAAAAUGUCCAAUAUUGGUACAAUUUAAAUGUUUACCUCGAAAAAGUGAUGACACAAGAAUAAAUCAAGAAACAAAAGUAGAUAAAUUACAUAAUGAAUCGGAACCGAUAGUAAAAGCAUGUAUUUUUAAAAUGGGAGAUGAUUGUAGACAAGAUCAAAUAGCAUUACAAUUAAUUGGUCUUUUUCAACGUAUUUUUGAUUCUAUUCAAGUUCCUUCAUAUUUAUAUCCUUAUCGAGUAGUAACGACUGGAAGUGAAAGUGGUAUUAUAGAAUGUGUUCCUCAUGCGAUGAGUCGUGAUCAAAUUGGUAAACUUGUAGAAAGUAAUAUAGCAGAAUAUUUUGUUCAGACUUAUGGUCAUCCUGAAUCUGUUACUUUUCAUCGUGCAAGAGAUUGUUUUAUUCGAAGUAUGGCAUCAUAUUCAGUAGCUUCAUUUAUUUUAAAUAUUAAAGAUCGUCAUAAUGGAAAUAUUAUGAUUGAUUCUCAAGGUCAUCUUGUACAUAUUGAUUUUGGAUUUUUAUUUGAUUAUUCACCAGGUGGUGAUAUUAAUUUUGAAUCCUCACCAUUUAAACUUACAGCUGAAAUGCUUCAGCUUAUGGGACAUCCUGUUCGAAAAGGAAAAGGUACAGUUCAAAGCUCUUUUUUAACAAAAGCAUUACUGAAUCCAGAAGCCUAUGACCUUUUUGUAGAUCUUACGGUUCGUUGUUUUUUAGCUGUUCGCCAAUAUGCUAAACAAAUUUGUGUACUUGUAGAAUUAAUGCUUGGAAGUGGUUUACCAUGUUUUAAACCUCGUAGAACUAUUCAAGACCUUUCUUGGCGACUUGCCAUGAGAAAAGGUGAGGCAGAAGCAGCCGAAUUUAUGCUUAAACGAAUUGCCGAAUCCAAAGAAAACAUUCGAACCGUACUUUAUGAUAGGUAUCAAAAUUUCGCUGAGGGAAUCGAAAUGUGA